AUGAGUGAAAGCCUUCGCCAAAGAAUGCAAAACAUCAAUCUCGGUAUUACUGAUGAACCGGUUGCUCUUCCAUCGGAAAUCAUCAAUCAUGCGGUGGCAAAUAACCAGUUUUCUCUGGUGGUGGUUCCUCUUAACCGGAGGAAACAAAAUUUGAGGGCUAUGAUUUCGCAGAUGGCGCGAGUCUGGGGGCUAGAUUCAGCAACUACUGGGCGUAUGAUUGGCCAAAACCAGAUCCAAUUCAUGUUUCAGUCCGAGGAAACCAUGAAUCUCGUACUAUGUCGUACCCCCUGGUCUUUCGCUGAUUGGAUGGUGACGGUUCACCGUUGGUCUCCAAAUCUCCCUGACGACGCUAGUAAAGUGAUUCCCUUCUGGAUCCAGAUCAGGGGAAUACCACUUCAAUUCCUUUCCAGGCCCACCAUUGCAUUUAUCGGAGAUCUUUUUGGGCAGGUUGUUGCAGUGGAUUUCGAUGAAUCUUCCACCCGAGUAGAUUUUGUUCGUGUUCGUGUGCUCUGGAAUGUAGAUAAUCCUCUGCGUUUCCAAAGGAAUUUCCAGUUUGAAGCCGGUGUGAACACGGUGAUCUGUUUCAAGUAUGAGCGACUUCGAAACUUCUGCAAAAGAUGUGGAAUGCUCACCCAUGAGAAAAAGGAGUGUCCUCUUCAGAUGCCAGGUGAAGACCCUUUCUCAGAAUCUGAUGGAGAUGAUAAUGACGAAGAUGGAGGUAAUGAUCCUAAUCUCGGUGCUGGUGAGGCCCACAAAAAUCCUCCUUCAAAGACGAUUUCUGAUCCGCUGGGUGGGUCAGCUUCUCAUGAAGCUAGUGGUGUCAAUGCUGGUAUUGUUGCUGUUCAACCGUCGGAAGAAGUACUUUCAGAGGAGGAGCGCCGACUUCAAGCGAUCAGAAAGGCAAAGGGGAAAGGACAUGUAGAUGCUGCUGUCGAGAGGUUUGAAGCAUCUGCUCGGGAAGGUUUCAAUAAAAGGAAACGCCAAGAAAUUGAGGAAAUGUUGCAAUUUCCAUAUCAAAAUGGUCAGGCGGACGUGUGCCUGGUCAAGAAAAGAGCUUGUGAUGAUGAAUCUCAAGACUCAUGCUGGAUCAACCAAGAAAUAGACAGAGCCGCGGGGGGGGAUGUAGCUGUGUCUUUAGGAUAUUUCAAUGUCAUUUGUGUGCCUCCUCUGGGUCGUAGUGGAGGAUUAGCUGUGUUCUGGAAUGAUGAUGUUAAGGUGUCUAGUCUUUAUGAAGAUUAUAGACAUGAGCUCUGGGAAAGACUGGAAAGGAUCAGUACAACUAGAAAUGGUCCUUGGAUGCUAGUCGGAGAUUUUAACGAGAUCUUAUCUAAUGAAGAGAAGAUCGGUGGUCAAAAGCUGAAUUUCAGGGCCUUAUAUGGAUCGGAUCAUAGACCUGUUAUCACUCAUGUGGCUUUUGUUUCUAAUCCUGGUCCAAGACGUUUCCAUUUUGAUAAGAGACUUAUUCAACAAAAAGACUUCAAGGAUUAUGUUACCAGAGGGUGGAACUCUUCUAGUUUAUCAGAGAAUAAGUUUAUCACAGAUCAGAUAAGAGAAUGCAGGAAAUCUUUGGCUCUUUGCAGAAGGAAUUCUAAACUUAGCUCGGCUAAGAAGAUUGAAUCUCUUCAGUUAGAGUUAGAUCAUGCGCUCCAGUCAACAGGUUCAACUCGUCAAAGGAUUCCAUACAUUCAAAAGGAGUUAGUUAAUGCGUAUAGAGAUGAAGAACUGUACUGGAAACAGAAGACCCGAAACGCUUGGUUGAAAGAAGGUGACCGUAAUACCCGAUUCUAUCAAGUCUGCAAAAAGGCAAGAUUCUCUCGAAACAGGAUUCAUACCAUUCAUGAUGAUGUAGGUCGUCAAUACAAAGGAGAUAAGGAGGUUGGCAAACAUGCAGAAGCUUUUUUCAAAAAGAUAUAUUCUAGCAGUAACCAUCCGGUCAAUGCUCAAAUAUUUGAAGGUUUCACAAGUUCAGUCUCGGAUACAGUUAACUCUAGCCUAACCAAGGACUUCUCGGAUAAGGAAAUCUUUGAUGCAGUAUGCUCUAUCGGUGCAGACAAGGGACCUGGUCCUGAUGGUUUUACAGCUAGAUUUUAUCAGGAAUGCUGGGACAUAGUGGGAAAAGAUGUCUCCAAAGAAGUUCACAGAUUCUUCUCUACUAGUGAAAUGAAACCUGGUUUAAAUCAUACAAACAUAUGUAUGAUUCCGAAGAUUAGUAAACCGGUAACCCUUUCUGACUAUAGACCGAUCGGUUUGUGUAAUGUUAUCUACAAAAUUAUCUCCAAACUGAUGGUCUUAAGGUUAAAAAGCUGUCUGAAUGAUAUUGUUUCUGAAGAGCAGUCUGCUUUCAUCCCAGGAAGAAUGGCUUCAGAUAACGUUUUGGUGGCAAACGAGCUUAUGCAUUCAUUAAAAGUUAGGAAAAGAGUUUCCCAGACUUAUAUGGCAAUCAAGACUGAUGUUAGCAAAGCUUAUGAUAGAGUUGAAUGGGGUUUUUUGGAAGCUACACUUCGAGCUUUUGGAUUUGCUGAAACGUGGAUCAGAUGGACUAUGGCUACAGUUACAACUGUAUCAUAUUCAAUUUUGAUCAAUGGGAGUCCGCAAGGUUUGAUUGUUCCGGAGAGAGGACUUCGUCAGGGUGACCCUUUAUCACCAUAUUUAUUCAUCCUAUGCGCUGAUGUACUAAGCCACCUUGUUAAAUCUAUGACAAUGAAAGGCAAGAUCAAAGGUAUAAAGAUUGGCAAUGGAGUUCCUCCUAUUUCUCAUCUGUUGUUCGCAGAUGACUCUCUUUUUUUCUGCCAGGCCAAUAACAGGAAUUGCAAAGCUCUGAAUCACAUUUUUAAGCUCUAUGAGGAGAAUUCUGGACAGAUGAUCAAUCAGAGUAAAUCCAUGAUUACCUUUGGGUCUCGGAUUCCAGGAAAUCAACAAGCCAGGCUAAAAAACAUUCUGGGUAUACAGAAUCAAGGUGGAGGAGGCAAAUAUCUGGGUCUGCCCGAGCAAUUUGGUCGAAAGAAGACUGAAAUGUUUAAGUACAUUACAGAUGCAGUAAAGAAAAGAACAUCUUCUUGGAAAUCAAAAUUUUUGUCUCCAGCUGGUAAAGAGGUUUUACUCAAAUCGGUAGCCAUCUCCAUGCCUGUGUAUUCUAUGUCAUGUUUCAAGAUUCCACUAACAGUCGUGAAUGAAAUAACUAGUAUUCUAUCCCGAUUCUGGUGGGAGAAGAAUGAAGAACAAAGAGGCAUCUCUUGGGUGGCUUGGAACAAGUUACAACUCACUAAGAAGGAAGGCGGACUUGGUUUCAGAGAUUUAGCCAUGUGUAAUGAUGCGCUUCUCGCUAAGCAGGCAUGGAGGCUAUUCCAAUAUCCAGACUCUCUAUUUGCAAGACUUUUCAAGGCCAAGUACUAUCGGGAAAGUACGGUUCUUGAAGCACGUCCUCAGAAUCAGCAAUCUUUUGGGUGGUCUUCAAUAUUAGUGGGUCUUGAACUAUUAAAACAGGGAGUCAGAUAUAAUAUUGGCUCAGGAAAAGAUAUCAACGUUUUUUCAGACAACUGGCUUCCUUGUGAUUUCCCAAGACCUGCUUCAGGAGAGAUUGUGGAGAAUUUGAAAGUAAGAGACCUUAUCACGUCAACCUCAGUUUAUCGGAAAUGGAAUGAAGACUUGCUGGAUACGCUUGUGGUAGAAAAUGAUAAGGAGGUGAUCAAAAACAUUUUUUUAGCACAAGAAGAGGAAGAUGACAAACUGAUAUGGCAUUAUUCUAAGGAUGGGGACUACUCAGUUCGUUCAGGAUAUUAUUUGGCUCGCCGCUUAGCAGAUCCAAAUAUGAACAAUGUUCCUCCUCCUCAUGGUGAUCCCAUUUUGAAGGAUAAAAUCUGGAAGCUUAACAUUGUACCAAAGCUGAAACAUUUUCUCUGGAGAAUCGUGUCCAAAGCUUUGGGAACAGCUACUAGAUUGCAAUCCAGAGGCAUCUAUAUUGAUCCAAAAUGUCAAAGAUGUGGUUUACAAGAUGAAACUAUUAAUCAUCUUUUAUUUGAAUGCCCGGUGUCUAAUAUGAUGUGGAGACUAGCAAACUUGCCUAUUCCAAGUAUCCUCUGCCCUUCUCCUUCCUGUGAAGAAAACAUCCGAAGCUUGAUUGAUUUGCAGGGUGAUCGUACUCUUACAGUAGAACAAAGCCUUAUUCCUCUUUGGCUCUUGUGGCGCAUUUGGAAAUCCAGGAAUAAUCUUAUUUUUAACAAGCAGAUUCCCCGUCCAUCUCAAGAGGUUUUAUUUGCAAUUUCAGAAGUCAAACAAUGGGUACAAGCAACUAAAGAGUGUUCUCUUAACACUAACAGCUCUAUUCCUCCUUCUUCUCGAGAUAAGUCAUGGUCUCGUCCCAUUCCAGGUUUUUUUAAAUGUAAUUUUGAUGCGGUUUAUAAUACUACAUCUAGACAAGCCUCAAGUGGAUGGAUCAUAAGAGAUGAUAAAGGCAUAGCAAAAUACUGGGGAUCUAUGGCGUUAGGGGAUACAAACUCUGCACUGGAAGCUGAAGGAAAAUCCCUCUUAGCAGCUCUGCAGGUCUCUUAUUCAAAACUUGAAAGGGGAAGACAAAGAUUUUGGGAUCCAUAA